CUGUAUUAUUUUCGUAAAUAAUAAUUUUCAAAUAGACACAGUAAAAAUAAACUAAUAUUUUACUUGACAUUGAAGGAAGUCAGUGAAAAUAAUAAAAUCAGUACUUCAGUUGGGCUAGCUGUUGUGAGAAAAGAAGAAGAAGUGUUAGAGUAGGUCGGUUGUAAUUUGGUUUUUUGUUUAGAAUGUAUGUCAGAUCGUGAUGUAUUCGUAAUGCAGUUAUAAGGUUUAUAGUAAUAUUAGUUUUUUUUUACUAAAGUUAAUGUUUUUCGGGGGGAAAAAAUCUAGUUACGAGCCUGUAUCCAUGGCGUCCAGUGGAAGUGAUGUGUUUUUUCUGUCAUAAGCGAGGUGAAUUUUCGUUUGUAAAUCUUUCAUUUUAAAAUUUGUUUGUUUGUAGAGAACUUAUGCUAGUUUCUAUUGUGUUAAGCGAUGCAAUUUGAUUCAAUGCUUGAUUAUUUUGUUUGUUGUGUAAUUAUUUAUUGUAAAUUACUUUAUACCUAAUUUUCAUUUGAAAUGGAUGAUUUUCUUCUAUCAGUCGAGUGUACUUUUAAAAGGUCGGCAUGUGUAGUUUACUAUCAGCAAACAAAAUGAUUUUGCCGUAGCAGUACUGUGUAAGAAAAUGGCCGGUUUUAAACUUAACAGCUGUACGUACUGUUUUUCAUGUAGUAUAGCGUUAAGUGUAGAAAUGUGACAUUAAUUGCCGUAUGUUAAUGCAACAGUAUCUGCAGUAUUCAUUAAAAUAUUAUAUUGAUUAUUUUUAUCAAUGUGUAUAACUCUUCAUAAUUUAUUUUGUGCACAAACUUUGUAAUUAAUGCUUAUGUAACAGCACAAUUGUAUGCCAUGUUGUAGUCUUAGUUUUAUACUUAUCAAAUCUUUAUAUUCGGGUGUCUGUAUUGUAAUGUAUUCAUAAAGGUUUUAAAAUGGGGUAAUAUAAAGUGAAAUGGAGAUGCAUAAACCAGCCUUUGAAACUCUCCAACCACAGGGUAGAUCGGCAAAAUAAUCCAAUUGGCAGCCAGCAAAAUGAAUGAAAGUGAAGAAGUUUUGAAGAUGGUGGCACACAAUGCCAUUGUCAAAAUACGGAAAGGUGAUGUGGAAGUUAUUGAUUUGCAGGACAAGUUUUUUGAAGAUUUAAUGAACGUGGAUUUUCUUAGUGGAUCCGACAGUGAAGUUUCAAACAAAGACAAAGAUGAAGUAAUUGAUAGUGUUGCAGACAGCAGGAACUGUGAGUUACCAGUGGCAGAAGGAGUAGAAAUACCUGAUAGAACUCUAGGGCUUAGUAAGAUUUUAAAUGAUAGUGAUUAUAGUCAAUUGUCAUCAGAAGAAGGAAGUCUUUCCACAGAACAAAGUUUGUCCAAGAAGCAGUGUGCAUCCAGCACCCGAAGCACAUCCAGGACACGGAAUGUGUCUGGUACACGAAGCACAUCCAGGACACGAAAUGUUUCUAGAAAUCGAAGUGUGUCCAGGACACGAAGCACCUCUAGGACACGGAAUGUGUCCGGUACACGAAGCACGUCCGGGACACGAAGCACAUCCAAGACACGGAAUGUUUCUAGAAAUCGAAGUGUGUCCAGAACACGAAGCACCUCUAGGACACGGAAUGUGUCCGGUACACGAAGCACAUCCAGGACACGGAAUGUUUCUAGAAAUCGAAGUGUGUCCAGGACACGAAGCACCUCUAGGACACGGAAUAUGUCCGGGACACGAAGCACAUCCAGGACACGAAAUGUUUCAAGAAAUCGAAGUGUGUCCAGGACCCGAAGCACCUCUAGGACACGGAAUAUGUCCGGGACACGAAGCACAUCCAGGACACGAAAUGUUUCUAGAAAUCGAAGUGUGUCCAAAACACGAAGCACAUCUAGGACCCGGAGUGUGUCGAGGGCACAGAGUGUGUCGAGGGCGCGUAGUGUUUCUAGGACACGUAGUGUGUCCAGGACACCAAGCUUAUCUAAAAAUGCUUCAGAGAUUCAUCAAGAAAGAUGUAUAUCAAGAAUUCGUAUGGAAAGAAGACUUGCAUGUAUGAUUAGUGGAGGACAAAGUGUGUUUAAGACCCGCCCAGAAAAAAGUUUUUUCCCCCACCAGGAAAGAAGUUGGUACGGAAUCCACGGUGGAAGGAGCAUGCCGAGAUCUCGAGAAAGAAGUACUUCGAGAAGUCGUCAAGCAAGAAGUAUAUCAAGAAGCCGUCGAGAAAGAAGUAUAUCAAGAAGCCGUCGAGAAAGAAGUACUUCGAGAAGCCGUCGAGAAAGAAGUACAUCGAGAAACCGUCGAGCAAGAAGUACAUUUAAAAGCCAUCGUGAAAGAAGUUCAUCGAGAAGUCGUAGAGGAAGAAGUAGAACUAGGUCAUACCGGAAAAGAAGUUUGUCUGUCUCAAGUGAUGCAUUAUCACCCAAUAAGCAAAGAUCAGAAAGGACAGGCUUUAAGAUUAGCAAGGACUUUAAUAGAUCCAGUGGGAGGUCGCGGAGGAGUGAAUCUAGGUCUAGAGAAAGAUUUCGACAUACUUUAUAUGGAGGAUACAGAUCUAGAGGAGUACAUAGAAAUACAUUUCGUAGAAGCAGAAGUUUAUCUAGUUGUAGUCAAGAGAGAGUCUUAUCAACAUGCACAAAAAAAAUAAGUCCCUCAAGAGUGUCAUAUGAUAGGACAAGAAAAAGAAGCCUUUCUAGUAGCAGUGUUGGGAAAAACAUACCACAGUUACCGGAAGCAGAUAAUUUUAAAGCUGAAGAUAUGGUAAUAUCUCCCUUAAGUAGAGAAGGAAGCAUGUCCAGUACGAGAGAAGAUAAACCACUUUCAGAAUGCAAAGAAAUAGUUCUUUAUAAACCUAAAAAAGAAAAGAGUACCACACACAAAUCUAAGAAAAAGAAAUACUCUAAAAAAAAAUAUGAAAAAUUGAGACGUAAACUCUCUAAGUUGAAACUUUUGAGGGAGAAUGAAAGGAAUGCUGAUAAUGCUGCAGAUGAUUAUGAUGAACUACUUUCUUUAGCAUCAAAUACUGAAGAUGAACUUCCUGCUAUUUGUGAAAAUUCAUCUCAAGAAAACAAUGUGAAAAAUAAUACGUGUAGCCAAGAAAAGGGUUCACUUGAUGAACUGGAGCGUAAUAAACUCGAGGAACGCUUGCACAAACUCGAAGAGAAAAAGAAAAGAUUAAAAAAUGAACUUUUCAAUGCUACCUUACAAAGUAAGAGAGACAAGGAGGCUGUCGAACUGUAUGUAGAAAAGAACAGGCAUAAAAGUGACAGUGUUGAAACUGAUGACAGCCGUCUAAAACGAUUGGAUGUUAAUAAAAUCAUUAAUAUAGCGGCCAAAGAACAUAAUUUCAAACAUUCUCACAAGGAUGACUGUAGUGAGGAUCUGAAGAGGAACCUGGAGAAGAAGCUCAAGAUGUAUCGUUCUCGCUACCUGCGUAUGUUGGAAGAAAAGUUGGAAAGGUUGAAGUACAUGUAUGCAGAAAAUGAGAGGGCUUCACGGCGUGAGAGUAGAAGCAACUCUCGCCGGUCGGUCCGCAGUAAGCACAGGUCACCUUGUCGAUCCAAGCAUUCAUCCUCGUCUCUGUCCUCGAGGUCGCGGUCGCGUUCCCGUUCCAAGAAUAGAAGGUACGGGAAGCGACAGCGUUCAUCGUCUGCAAGUAGUGGUUCCACCAAACGAAGGAAUAAUCUGAGUAUCGUAGAAAGGAUCAAACGUGUACCGUUUUACAUGGAGAUUGCUCAAAAAUUGGGAAUUUCUUCAAGUUUGGCCAAACAGUACACGUGCGCAGCAUCAGAGCAGACGUCAACAUCGACAUCGACUGUCUCGACUGUAACACAGAGCCCUGCAGACAGCGUAGCAAUGCAAACCGUUACUUAUACCAACUAUGCAGCUCCACCGCAAAAUUCAUUUAACUUCCCAGAUUUUUCAGUCCCACCUCCGAGCAUAUCUUUUUAUCAGCAGUGUAGUAUUUCGGUGCCGGCCACCUCGCAGAUGCCUUUCGCGCAGUCUUUCCCACCUUUCUCUAACAACGUGCAGGUUCCCUCGUCUAAUAUGUACGACCCAACAUUUCCACCUCCCACUCCUGCGAUAACAAGCCACACCACCACAUCUCUGAUGUGUGUUCCCAUUGAUUCUCUGAAAGGUCCCCCUCCACCUGCCCCUCCACCUUUACCUGUGAAUUCGCCUUUGCCACCAUUGCCUGUUGAAACUUCUAAACAAGUAAUGCCACCUUUCCCUCCGUUACCUCCGGAAGCAGCUAAACCAGCCCUCCCACCUUUGCCACCAUUGCCUCCCGAAGCACCUAGGCCGAUCCUCCCGCCUCUGCCUCCUGCACCCGCCAACACAUUCAAAAUAAGUCUCCCACCUCUGCCGCCAGAACCUGCGGAAGACCUUAAACCAAUCCUACCUCCCUUGCCACCGGAACCGGCGGCGAGGGUACCCGUCCUACCGCCCCUGCCGCCGGAACCUGCCGAAGACCGUAAACCGAUCCUUCCGCCUUUGCCGCCCGAUGCCGUUGACCCACCCGGACAGAUAUUGCCGCCUCUGCCCCCGGAACCAUUCAAAAUGCCUGAAACGAUCUCUCCACCCCUGCCGCCAAGACCUGUCUCUCCACCUGGAGAGCUGUCCCAGCCAUCGUCGAUGCAGGAAACCAAACCUGUUGAGCCGUCCGAACCUGCGCCUGGUUCUGGUUCUGGUUCUGGUUCCAGUUGUGCAGACUCCCCACUGCCACGUGGGGAAACUGAACUGAACGAACCUCAACCGACGUCAGCAGAGAUAACACAGACAGCAUUGCAGGUGCGGUCAGAUAAUGUGCAGAACAAUUCAGCUGAAGGAAACUUUGAAGGAGGUUCAGAAAUGAACGAAGGUAUUCGGACUGUGUCCAGGAAAACAUUUAUGAAAGAUGGAGAGACUUCUCAAAACACAAGGAAGGAUGCAAUUCUUUACACUAUGUCUGGUAGCUGUACUGGAUUUUGCAAAGAUGUUGCAAUGUGGCUGAAGUCGGUGAGCCUCAGUCCUUUCCACUGGGUGUUUGAUGGCCUCUGCUACGAGGCCAUACUGGAUCUCACCAAGGAUAAACUAGCGAGGUUCAACAUCAAGGAGAAUGAUUGUGAUAAGAUAAUGUUCAGAAUCACACAGCUGAUCGAGCGACCGACGAGGCUUCGUGCACUGGAGGGGACCAUAGGAAAUGGUGAUUUUCUUGGCCUAAUAGUUGGCCUGGAGGAAAUGGAAUCAAUUCUUCUCUCACCGCUAAAACCUACAAUAGAUGUGUUUGAUAUGAAUGAUAUUCCUGAACUUAUUAUCAAGGUUUUUAUGAGAGUGGUCAUUAAACUACAACGAGAGAAGAAAAACAGGCGCCACCUGCAGACCAAAGGCACGGCCGGGAUAGAGAGGCUGUGUGUCCAGAAGUUCACGGACUUGCUGAAGAAGGCGCUGGACCGUAGGGUGUUCUCUUUCAGCCAGCGGAAGAAGCUGUUCAUGUGGCAUGAAAUGUUCACCGAACCGCCGUGGAGAGCUGAUCGGCUUCCGUUACCACCGAUGGAGCCUUGUCGUCCUCCGUGGCUAGGCAACGAAAACUUAGGUCCGCCCUGGCAGCAACCUGAGGCACCUCCGUUUCCUCAGAACAACUGGGGGCCUGGGCCGAGACCACUCAUGGCUCCCAUGCACAACUACCCACCACCUGGGAUGCCGGAAGGCUUUCAGCAGGUUCCCUCAUCAUGGCCAGUUCCUUUUAAAGAAAAUACACCAUGGGAGCCUAUGGAACCCAACUUUGGAUGUCCACCACCUUUCCCUCCUCGAACACCACACAACUGCACAAAGUGUCCUCAUAAGUUUAGGGAACCUGUUCCAGACAACCAAACUAAGAACUACAAACAGGGUGCACAGAAUGAACGUUCGGAUCAUACUGUAGUGAGCAUACAGUCGACAACUGUUGUCUACUCAUUGAACGAGAGGGAUAACAAACACAUUGAAACUAAUUCAUCUUCAGUAAGCAGCAUUGUUCACAUGCAAACAACCGUGGCUACGGCAAGUAAAAUUGUAGAUGUAGGUGUUCCCUCAGAUAAACAAUUUUCAGUUUUUAGAGCUAUGCAAGCGACACAAGCUAGUUCAGUCAGCAAAAAGAAUAGCAUAGACAACGGACAAGAAUCUUCUGCUGUUUUAGGUUAUAAGGAACACUCAGAUGUUGGUGAUGAAGAAAGGGGUCUAGUCUGUACCCAAAACAAAUCUGCUGAACAUUCUGCAGAAAUAGAGAGAAACACGGUUACAGAUGUGCAGGUAAACACUAGUGAUGAAUUGGGGAGUUCUGCCUCAAGCCAGCCUGUACCUUAUGAGAAUCCUGCAGAAAGUAAGGAACCCACAUCAGAUAUCAGGACAAAUGCAGAAAAUGAUAAUGUAGACAAUAAACAAGAACAGUCUUCUGAUUUAGUUACAGAGAGGCAAACAGAUACAACCGAAAAAUUGGAGGUUGUAAUCCGUGCCCAGGACAGUUGUAUUGAAAGUUCUUUGGAGUUGAAUGAACGCACAGCAAAAGUGGAUUCACAAAAUUUUUCAGACAAAAGUUCAUUGAAAAGUAAGGAACCAUCUGCGGAAGACAAGAAUGAUGGUGAGGUUACGAAGAGUUGCAGUGGCGAUCACGCAUUAGUUGCAGAUCCCGAGCGUAAUGAACCUGUAGUGGCUCAAGAAUUGUGUCAGAAACAAACGCUUGCUGCAGUCAAAGUGCAGAGUGGCAGUGCACAAACACUGGAUGCUGCAACAUGUGAACGUCAAGUCGAGGAAGAGAGUACACAGUCGGAAAGCACUGCUGUAACCAACAAUGAGAAGCAGUUUUUAGCUAAAGGAUUUGACCCUGUUGCAGUGAAACAAGAAACUUUUGAAGAAGUGCCUGGCGUAGUGCAUCAGAAAGAGUCACAUUCUGGAGUUGAUUCGCUUGUGCAGGAAACUUCUGUCACGAUACAAGAGUCUGCCAAGGAAGUGGUUCCAGUCCUGCAACCAGAAGGACCAUUGACCCCGGCCAGUGAGUCAAAGUCUUUGGUCGUGGAUGUUGCCAGUAUUAAACAAGAAAUCGUGCAAGGAUCGUGUGAUGCAGUCAUUGGUCAGAAAGAUGUACAUGUUGAAGAUAAUUCUCUUCCACAAAAAUCCCCCUCUGAAACAGAAGAGACUGCCGUGGUAAAUGAGAAAGUAAUUAGACCUUUAUGCAGAGAUGAGUUGCAGUCUUCAGUUGUAGAUUCCGUCAAAAUAAAACAAGAAACCUUAUCAGAAGUUCGUGGUGCUCUGGAUCAAAAAGGCUCCUGCGCUGUUGCAACAGUGGAGACUGCCAUAUUAAGUGAGGACCAAGCUUUACAUAAUUGUUUUUCUCGUGUCAAGGAAGAGAUUUUGAAGCCAGAAGAUUCUUCAUUUAAAGAUAAUGAAACACAGUCAUUAAAAUCUGCAUGCAUAAAGCAACAUCCUUUGCAAGGAGUGUCAGAAGUUACAGUUAUUUCAUUCGUGCAGAAAACCUCGGAUUCAUCAGUGGAGACUAUUGUGUUGGAUGAAGAAGAACCUUUAUGUGAUAACUCUUUUCUGGCUAAUGGAAAGGUAAAACAAUCAGAUGCUUCAGUUGAAAGUACUGUCUCAAUAAAGGAAAUCACUUCAAACGAAGUGUGUGAUGCCACAGAUAAGAAAUAUUCCUGUGGUAAAGACGUUUCUCUAAUGCAGAAACCAUCAUCUGCAGCUGCAAAUGCUGUUGUGUUAGAGGAGCAAAUAUCCCUGUGUAAAGAUUCUUUCACUGUCAAAAAAGAGGCAAUUCAGUCAGAAGAGUUUUCUGUUAUAGGUAAUACAAACCCAUCUUUCAUUGUAGAGCCUAUCAUAAAACAAGAAGCCUUGCCAAGAGAAGGUGAGACAGUUGCAGUAAUUGAAACUAUUGUGCUAGAUGAUUAUGAUGAUGAUGAUGAUGAAGCUGUUUGUAGUGGUUCUUCUCAUGUCAAAGAAGAGAUUACACAGCCAGAAGAAUCUUUUGUCAGGAAUAAUAAGACACAGCAUUUUUUUUUAGAUUCAGUACACGUGAAAAAGGAAGUUUUACUGUCACAGAAAAAUUUAGUUGCCGCAAUAGAGACCAUUGUACUGGAUGAUGAUGAAUCUACAGCUGUUUGUUCUCAUGUAAAAGAAGAUUCUGUGGAGAUGGGAGAGCAUUUGGUUGAUAGUAGUAAGUUAAAAUCAUUGGUUGUAGAUUCUGCCUAUGUGAAGCAAGAAACUAAUAUAGGUGCCUGUGACAUCACAGAUAAACAAGAUUCCAGUGAUGCAGAUAUUUGUAUAGUGCAGAAAACAACAGUAAUUGAGACUAUUGUAUUGGAGGAUGAUGAUGCUCUGUUUGAUAUUUCUUCUUGUACCAAAGAAAAAGUCACUCAAUCAAAAGAAUAUUUGGAAAAUGGAAGUAAGGCUAAAGUUUUGGAUGCAGAUUCUGCCAAUGUAAAAAAAGAAAUCUCACAAGAAACGCGUGACAGUGUUGAUCAGCAAGAUUCUUGUGACGAAGAUGUUUGUAUAGUGCAGGACAAUAGAGCAACUAUAGAGACUAUUGUGUUGGAUGAAGAGGAUGAUUCAUGUGAUGAUUCUUCUCAUGUGAUGAAAGAGGCUCAGCUGAAAGAGUCUUCGGUUGCAGUUACUACGCGCGUGAAGCUUGAAUCUUUGCAAGAAGUGACCAACGAACAGCAAAAUGUCACUGAUACUUCUCAUGCACAGAACAACUCUCCAGUUGAAGAGACUCUUGUGUUAAAGGAUGAAAUAAUGUCAUUCAGCAGUUCUCAAACAGAGGAGGGGACAAAGCAGGCAAAUGUACCGAUGCAUUCCUUCAAAAUAAAACAAGAAACUUCUCAGAUAUGUGAGACAGCAACCAAAACAUUAGGUCGGUCAGAAAAAGGUAUUGUUCUGAGUAAUGAGCCACAUUCUUUGCCAGUUGAUUCAAUCACAGUAAAACAAGAAACUGUGGCAGGAGCAGAGGUGAGUAAAGAUACCGGUGAUUCUUGCCAUAUAGAGUUAGAAAUGGGACAAAAUUUUCAGGGUUUGGGUAGCUUGGUCUCUUCACAACCCGUGAUUAGUGAUGGCAUUUUUCAUUCCAUUGAAUUAAAACUGGAAUCAACUGAUCUAGCAACUGAUGCAGAAGUUACUCCACCCAGACGUAAAACUAUCUGUGAUAACGGUAAAGUUGAAGGAGGAAGUGGUAACAAAACAAGUUUUGUGGGUAGCGAAGUUUUAUCCAACAAUGACGUCCAGCAGCAGGAAAUUUCUGUGAAAUUAGAAAUAAUGGCUGAUCCACCAUCAAUUACAAACAUUUUUUGCCUUCCUAAGAAAGAACGUGAAGUCGAUGAGAACAGUUCAGUGUGCGACACUAAAGAAGUGUCAGUUUCUCAUAGUGUUGAUGACAUCAAAAACAAGAGUAUAACAGCUGCCUUGUUUAACACACAGCAGUUUGGCUCGAAGAAUGUGUGGCACAGAAGUGAUGCCUCUGACAGAGUAGAAAGUGCCAGCAUGACGUGUUUUUUGAAUAGUGGAAAUCAGUCUUUCUUUUCUCUUGCGGCUAAUCAUCCUGUACAGAAGACCACUGAUGGUGCUGAAAAAGUUUUUCAGCAUGUAACAUCACAUUCAGUCAGUAAUUACAGGACUGCAGGAGUUGGAAACGGCGAAGUCGCCUCAUCAGUAACACCAAAUCAAGCACUGUUUUCGACAGCUGGUGCAAAAACUGAAGGCCAACUGACAGUCGUAAAACACGAAAACAUACUGACUGUCGUAAAACACGAACACCAGUCUCCAAAAAAACAUCACAGACACAGAAAGGAAAGGAGUCACGGCAGCCGUAAACGUCUGCGUGGCAACUACGCCUCUGCAGAAGAUACCAGCAUUGAAGAGGAACUGGUGCUCAAAGUGAAUCAAGUGUCGAUUUCUCAUCAGGAAAUCCGUCCCAUUGAAAUAUCUGACGAAAGUGCAGAUUCCGACGAGGAGCCAUUGUCUGUGUUGUUUGCAAAAAAGUUGAAAAACUCUGGGGGAGACGAGGAUGUAUCUGUGAGUUUGGUGCAGCCAGAAGAAAUACCUUUGCUACAACAAACGUCAACUGUGCCAGAACAAUCUGUAAAUCGAAAAAAUUUGAGAAGAAAGUUGGUCGACUCCCCUGCUGUUGAGGGUCAACAAACAAGUAAGCGUUUCAAGAGGGGGUGUAAGAUGAAAACAAAUGAUGAUUCAACCCUGUGUGUGCCAUCAGUUGAGAAGCAAACCCCAGAUACAAGUGUUAGUGAAUCGUGUGUGACGGUACGUAGUCGUGGUCGACCUAAAAAACGAACAGACACCAAAGGCAAGAGGUCUUUAAGAGAAGAGCAAAAACAUUCAGAGUCCAAAGAGUACUGUACGCGUGUAGGGCGUAAAACUGCAGCUAUUAAUUAUCUUGAAUCUCAAGUCUUGGUCAUUCCUGAGUUUGGAUUGGUUUGCGAAGAUGAAGCACUUGCACCAGAUUUUUCGUUGGUCCAAGACCACACGGAAGGCAUUGGUGCGACGCAGAGUGCGGAAGCAUCAUUUCAGGGCCCUGCUAAUCUUUCCCAGAAACGAUCGGUUGUACAUACUCGCAAGCGUAAAAGAGCGAGGCACAAGAAAAACAGGUGAACUUGUUAAUUCUUAGUAACAUUGUCUAAAUGAUGUCAUUGAGGAAGGACUUCCGGUUGAGAGAGGGAAGUUGCUUGCGUGUCGUGUUCACCAAAGCCUAUAGCGUGAGAUGGUUGUUGUGUGUCCCACGUCAGAUGGUUGAAUGUGGCCUUGGUGUGUUAUUUGAAUCGAUGCAUGCAUGAAUGCACAGUUGUGUUAAUUGCACACAAGUCAAGUUGCUGAGUGUGAGAUAGGCCAAGUGUGAACAAAUAUGUUUCAGUUACAAUUGGAAGUGCUGGUCAUGUCUGUUGAAUGAUUUUGAUUUGCUGCCAAAACUCAAAGGCUCUUGAUGCAAUGAUUGAACCAUUGGUGUGGGUAAGCCAAGUGUUGGCCUCUUGUUAAAUAUAUUUUAAGAUUAGAAAAUUAUUUACGAAGAACCAAUGUUGCUUGGUGAAGUCACAUUCCAUGCUAGUGAUUAACAAUCUGUAUGCAAAUUCUAAUGUGUAGGGUUUAACAAGGUACAAAUUUAAUAUCUGCAAUUACUAUAUGGAUUUAUCCUCAAACGAGAGUAUUUUGUUAUUUGUUUCAUGUCAUUAGUUGUGAGAUACUUAUUUAUGAAUAUCUAAAUUUUGGCUGUAAAUGUAUUUUGGGAAGGAGGACUGGCAUUAUUACUAAGAGUAAAAAUUAAUUGAUUAUAAGCCAACAGUUAUGCACACAUUCACAUAAUUAGUAAAUGUUAAAUUUCAGGUAUGUUUUGAGUGUAGGUAUAAAUAUUGGUUCAACAAAUAUAUUUGUUUGAACAGAUUCUAAACUUAAAGUAAAAAAAAACUAGUAAUGGUUUGCAAGAACUAAAGAAUACUUAAAGUUAAGUAUUAAUAAAAAAAUAUAUUUUUUGCUAAACCGAAUUUGUUUUAUUGAGCGUUUGUUAAUAACUGUUGGGUAUGUUACUGCUGAUUUAUUUUGUAAAGAUGUUUGCAACAUUCAUGGUUGGUUGUAUUAUGUUGUUGCAUGUUUUAACGCAUGUAGUAGUUGGGUUAUAUCAACAGUUGCUAGCUCUGUGAAUGUUUGGUCACGCAGUAGUUUUGCAUCCUCACUAGACUGUUAAUUUCUUGUACGUACUAAUAAUUUUAUUUGAAAGAAAAAAAUUAAUAGCUGUUAUAAUUUAUUUUGUAAAAGGUUGUAGAAACUUGUAUGAUGAAAUGUAAAGAUAUUUGUUACAUUACAUAUUUAUUUGUGUUAAUUAAUUGGCACCAUUUGUCUUAAAUUUUUGAACUGUUUAAAAGUUAAGCGUAGAGUGACAUUCUUUUAGGGUUCUGCGAUAAGUUUCAUGUUAUGUUACAGCCCAAAAAAGGAGAAUUUAAUUUUCUUGGUGAGUGUAUGUUGGUCCUUACAUGGAUGAAUUGGUUUCAGGAGUAACUUUACAAUUAUAAUUAAUUUCAUGUCAACUGUGUCAUUACUGACCUUCAAAUCAAGCAUUUUCUAAACUGAUCCAUCAUAAAUAAUAAGUUUAUAAAUAAUAUGUUUAUAAAGUUCAAAAGUUAAAACCAUAAUUUUCUUGCAGAUGAAAAUUGUCUUGCUUAAAUGAAAUGUAGUUAAAAGUAUAAUUUAUUUAUUUUAUAGUAGUGAGUUUUAUUUAAUAUGAAAUCUUCAUAUUGGUGCUAAAAUUAUUGUUAUUGUGUAGUAGUUUUAUAAGUUGUUGAUGUAUAAAAUUGAUUUUGUAAAAAUACAAAUUAAAUUUAGUGUUUUAAGUUGCAUAUAUCAGUAGUCAGAAAAUUAUUGUCUGUACAUAACUUUAUCCGCAAAAAAUUGUGUUUGUAUAUUGUAUGCUGCAUCCAUGAAAACAAAAUAAUGUGAGCUUAUUUAAGUGCUUAGAACCUUUUGGGUGGCAAUGUACCCUUUAUGACAGGAGUAAGGUGAAACUGGUAGACAGUCGAAACUUGUUCACUCGUGCGAGUUAAGUGAGCAAAUAAAUGCUGUUAUUUUUAA